UUGGGCAUUGGUUUGUAGCUACGUGACUCUCAUCCUGGAAGGCAGUGAAUUACUAGUGCAGCAGUGAGAGAUAUCGGUGUGCGCAGACGUUUGAACGCUCGAGAGGAGCAACGCGCGCGCAUGCGCAGUAAGCUUGGGCGUUUUCAGCGGCCCACGGUAUGACAAAUCACUGAAGACACUUCAUAAUAAUAGUGGAAGUUAGAAGUUGCAAAAGGAAUUCCUGUAGAUGUAGAAGAGUGACCUGUUAUAGCACUAAACUGCUGCAAGGUUGAAUGGAGCUGAAUGACAAUGCCAGAAGUUUUAAAAGUUUUAAGAGAUCCCAUUGUUAUUGGUGUUGCAAUAGCUUGUGCUGGAGUACUUAUUGCGGCCUGUGAAGUCUGCAUUGUAUGUCUUUUGUGUAACAGAUCUUCACCAUGUGGAAAGAAGAGAACAAGAACAGAUGGCAACCAGCCAAAUGGUGUGUCACCGACUGCAAGGAUGGAUACUACCGUGACACUCUCACCACCAGAAGAGGCUCUGUAUGAACAAAUUCCCUGUAACGAACUAUGAGACAAACAGGUCCACUGAACUACACUGGUUUAUUUUUCAAACAUCACUGAAACACUGUAUAAGAGUGUUCCGCAAUUGUCUUUACAUUUUCUGUGAUUGUUACAGAGCUAUUGC